UAUUUUCUUUGUAUUUGGUUUUUUAUUCUUAUGCAUGGAUUUUUAUUUUUAUUUUUAUUUUAUUUUUGUUGGUUUUUAAAUUAAUUUUUAUUUCAUGGGUUUUUAUUUUGUCUCCUUUUUCUAGCCCACGUUUCAUAUAUUUGUGCAGUGGUGCUGAUUUGAAUUUUGGAUUGCAUGUUUGGAAUGGUUUUUCAUGUUUUGGUGAUUUGGGUGUUGGCUAUUUGUUCCUUUGCUGCAGUUGGGUAAUGGCUAAUUGGGGCUGCUUUUUUUAGUGGAGUUAGUGUUUGAGGUUUGUUGGGAAGAAUCUGAAAGAGAGACUGACGGAUAUGAGAAAACAAGGUCCUUGUUGCCAUUGUGGUAUUACAAAUGAUUGGCUAAACUGCCCCUUUGAGGGUCACCAAUUGGACAGUUGAGAUCAUCUGAUGGAGAAGCUUUGCAGCAUGGUCUGUAGGUAAUGGGGGCUGUGGGCAUCCCAGAUGAACAGAAUGGAUCACCAAUAGGCACUCCACUUUGGAGGAACGGGCCGCCUUGUAAGCCGGUGUUGUGCAAUGCAUGUGGAUCAAGAUGGCGGACCAAGGGCACACUUGAGAACUAUGUUCCACUACAUUCUGUAAGAUUUGCACCUAUUGAUUCUGAAGAUAGCAGGAACUCUCAAGAGCCUAAAAUUUCAUCCAAGAGAAAGUUGAAAACCUUGCACAAAGUAAAUCGGAGUGAAGGUGAGAUAGAGGUUGGAGAGAUGAUACCAGGACAAUACCUGCAUAAAACAGUUUUUGAAGAUGAUACAAGCAAUAGAUCCAGUUCAGGAUCUGCAAUAUCAUUCUCUGAGAGCUGUGUUCAGCUGGAAAGCAUGGAUGGAAAUGAUAUCUCAGGUUCUGCACAAUCAUGUUUCUGGGACUCCCACAUUCCUUCUAGAAAGAUGAAGGGCAUUGAGUGCCACAGUCCAUCACCUGUCGAGAAACUUCGAAGAGACCUCUAUGGUAUUCUACAGGAGCAAGAAUCAUCUUACCUAUCUGGGUCUUCAGAAGAGGUGCUUCUUUUUGAGAGGCACGAUCCGAUGGUUCCAGUUGAGACAUGCCUUGGUAGCGUUCUUAUCAAGCGUCCGCUCUCAUCAGAAGAAGAGGAAUGGGAAGCUAGCUCACUAAUGAAGGAAAACAAGAUUUCAUGUUUGAAUGAUGCUUGUAUGAGCUCAUCAUUCAUUCAAGCAUCAUCCCAAAGCAGUGAAGUCAGUUCCAACCCAGGAGUUAAAUAUAGAAUGAUUCAGAAUUUUGGAGAGAAGGAAGAAAUAAAUGAACAACCUGCAAAACGACGUGCACUCACCAAUCGAUCUUCCAAUCUUGAUAUCCAACGGAAUAUGGCAGCCCCAAAAGAUCAUGUGAAGAAUGAAAAUCACGUUAGUGCAAAUUUUCAUCUUUUAAGGGAAAGUUCGAUUGCAGACAGAGCAUCCGUAUCCAAGCCACCCAAGGAUCAGUUGCGGCUGGUGAGGCUCCAUUCAAGCAUGAAUCUAUCUGCAUUGUCUCCAGGCAGCAACUCCAUCAUGCUUAAGUCCACGAGUGACAACCCAUUCAAUGAAGAUUCACUCAGUUUGUGUCCCAGUGCUUCCGGUCCGCUGCAAGUACUUGAAACAAAGAGACAAUCUAGAUGAAUAGACCCAAGUAGCGCCCAAAUGCCCCAGCAUCCCAAUCCAUAUUUUCUCGCCUAGCAAUUCACCAUCCCAAUCCGUAUUUUCUCGCUUAGCAGUUCACUGUCCUGAUCAUAUCAUGUUGAAAUCACAUGUCGUUUGCUUCAUCUCUUCUGUAAAUGCUUUGUCAAAUUCUCGUUGCUUGUGGGUCGGAUGCGAGAAAUUUUGUAAAAGAAAAUUUCAGUUUUGGAGCUCACUUUGGACAGUUGGUAAGUGUUACUUUGUGCUAUUAAUGUGCAAAUCUAUGAACUUUGCUUUUGAUAAUGAGUUGGGUUUGAUUUGAUGUGCGUCAUCGCACCUGAAUUACUGUGCUAUACAUGGAUAAUUGAAAUUCAAGUUGAUACCAUCAGCAAUAGAUGGAUAAUUACCCAAUGUUACAUGAAUGCCAUAUGAGCUUUUUAAGUACUUGAUUAUUACUGACA